AUGACGGUCUUCAUCGCAUCUUUGUUCCUCCCAUAUACCAUCGAUUUCCAAGUGACGGAACCCAAGCAGGAACAACACGGGUCCUUGUCUAGCCAUGCAAAUGUCGAUGGUCCUGGACCUAUCCUUGGGCGCCUGUCGGAUACCUACCAUCCAACUCGUCCCACGAGUUGUCUCCCACUAACUCCUGGAGCCACCACAGAAGACGAGACUGUCUUCAAAGGAUAUACUUCGCGAUCAGCAGAUGAGAUUCCAAUUGCCAAUGAUCGAUUGUGGCACGGCCCCAGCGAGCCCCGGGCCAUUCCUUGGGGACACAGUCGGAGAUUUAAUCAGCCCCGGUCCAAGGCAACAGAUCCUCCAACACCGUCCAUUUUGAGCAGUCGAGGCCCAAUCCAAGGACCGAGAAGGGAAUUAUCUUUGGAUGGAUCACAGGAUCAAUGGGACAUGAAAUACUGCAGUAGCACACGAGUCUCGCUCUCCAAUGCUGACUGGGUGGUAAAGGCUGCCGAACAAGGCCACGGAGGUCUACAAAAUGCCAUCCACGCUGCUGAAAAGUCGAGCUUGCUCAAGGACAAGACUUGGGUGGGGACUCUAGGCAUGCCUACCUACUCAUUGGCAGAUUCUACCAGGACAGACAUCGCUGAGACCCUCCAGGAUGUGUAUGAUUCGUUGACUGUGUUUGUGAGUGACAACGAGUUUGAGGGCCAUUACACCCAUUUCUGUCGCGCGGUACUUUGGCCAGCCUUCCAUUAUCAAAUGCAAGAAAGCCCUCGGCAUACUGAGUACGACGGUUACUCUUGGGUCCAAUACCUCAAGCUGAACAAGGCAUUUGCAGAAACAAUCAUCAAGCACUGGAAACCGGGUGAUCGAAUAUGGGUCCAUGACUAUCACCUUCUGGUUCUUCCGGGCCUUCUGAGGGAAGGUUUACCACAAGCCGAGAUUGGAUUUUUCUUGCAUACUCCGUUUCCUUCCUCUGAGAUCUUCCGCUGUUUGACUCCACGUGAAGAGCUGUUGGAUGGGCUUCUGGGCGCCGAUCUGAUUGGAUUCCAGACAGACGAAUACUGCAACCACUUUCUUCACUCCUGCAGCCGGCUGAGGAGGCUGGAGGUCUCUGCCAAUCAAGUUCACCUCAACCAUCGGUACGUUAGUGUUGUGAAUUCUCCAUUGGGGAUUGACCCUUCGUCACUUUAUACAUUACGCCAAUCCACCGAGGUCAAGGGCUGGAUACACAGCAUCAGCCAUAGGUACAAAGGGAAAUAUCUCAUUGUAGCGCGGGACCGAUUUGAUGCACCUGGAGGGAUUAAGCAGAAGCUUUUGGCAUAUGAGCUGUUUCUCAACAGCUAUCCAGCAUGGAGAGAGCAAGUGGUUCUAGUCCAAGUAAUGUCAUCUGCAUCUGAGAAUCCCGAGCUGGAGGCACAGAUCUCAAAAAUCGCAAUGAGGAUCAAUGCAACAUAUUCAACCAUCACCCACCAGCCCUUGGUACUGGUCCAGCAAGACAUCAGCCACUUCCAAUUUAUCGCCCUCUUAAGUGUUGCACAUAUCUUCAUGGCCACCAAUCUGCGUGAGGGGUGGAACCUGUCCAGCCAUGAUUUUAUCCAUUGCCAAGAUGGACAGCUUAGCUCCCACCAACAUGGAUCCUUGAUUCUUAGCGAAUUCGUGGGGAGUGCCUCUAUCUUUCGUGGUCAUAAGCUUCUCGUCAAUCCGUGGAACUACAGCCAAUGUGCUGAUGCGAUCAAGUCCGCACUCGAGAUGUCGCCGGCGGAGCAGAAACUCAACUGGGAUUUUCUGCUGGGUUGCAAAUCUCCAUACACUGCUAUCAAAUGGCACACGGUGUUACAAGAGGCUCUCACUAAAGCCCACGAAAUGCAAAUCCAUCAGACAAGCCACCUCUCUCCACUUUCACCUACUGACUUGAAAAAGUCAUACCACGCCGCCAGGGCACGGAUGUUCUUUUUGGAAGACAGCGCAAUCUUCGGUCCAGCUUUCGGCAAUACCUUAUACAUAGCCAGCUCCCGAAGCACCGAGCAGCUCCAAGAAGCGCUCGAAAAGCUCCCCUCUGAGCUCGGGUUCAUCGCCGAGAAUGGAUGUUUCCUACAAGAACCUGGGUCGGGUUCAUGGGUUCCAUUCGUGCCAGAAAGCGCCUUGAAAUGGCGCACCGGUAUCAAAAAGAUGAUGGAGUAUUCCCACGAGCGAACAGAGGGCAGCCGAAUCAAGGAACGCCGCUGCUCGCUAACAUUUCACUACGACGGCGCGCUCGAUCGCGAAGUAGCCGCUCGCCAGGCCUCCGAGCUAGCCGAUCAAAUCAACGGUGCCCGCGGGCGUGCAGAUUUCCAUGUCGUCCGCGAGGCAUCCUCUGUGAAGGUUGAACCGCCGCAAGCUGCUCUUGGAAACGGGAGAGCCGCCACCUAUAUUUUAGACAAUCUCCCCAAUAUCAAAUAUCCCGAUUUCAUAUUUGCAGCUGGUGGUUCUCGUAGUGGCGAGGCGCUGUUUCGUUGGGCAAAUGAGUUGGCUGUUGCGCCCGUUGCUUCUCGGUUUGAGAAGUCUGAGCUUGGGAAAACACUCCAUGUCACCACCGUGACAACUAGCACUCAUGCUACAGAGGCGAGAUCGGUGUUGCCGUCUGAUUACUCGCUUUUGAAUGUUUUGGGUGAAAUGUCGAGAGUCACGUCGAAUGGGGAGAAGGCUGAAUGA